CCUACAACCUUUUUUAUAUUCCCUUUUUUGUAACCUUCUUUCCCUCUUUAACUUCAGCUCACAUUGCCCCCAAUUCUUAACAUGGCAUCCUCGCAUUCUCUCUCUUCCUCCAUGGAAGCAGCCCUCACAAGCUCAAAUCUAGUCUCCUCUAGGUUUUCCGAAACGCCGCCAUUAUUUCAAUCCAUCAUCAAACAGUCUAACAGGCGCAGCACUACUGGUUAUCUCAAAAUUAGUUUUAAUCCGCCGACUACCAGCUCCUUUUGCGGCGGGUCAACCCGUUUAGUGGUUACCCGGGCUGACCUUUCUGGUGAAACCGGUUCUGAAGAAGAGGAGAAUGAUAAUGGGUUUGGUUUAGUUCCUGAACCAACUUUUUCCUUGUCCCAGUCCAUUACUCGUAAUGCUAAAUGGCUAGUUCAGCUUUAUUGUGAUGGACUCUCUCAUAUUCUGAAGGGUAAUUCAGAUAAACGAGAAACAAACAAAAAUGAUUUGAAUCAAGCUCCAAAAGUGGUUACACCCCUUGAGCACUCAACUGGUGGGGGAACAAGGGCUGGUCUCUUCAGAACUCCCAUUUCUGGAGGUGUACAAAGUGCAACCUCAGCUCAUGGCCUACCUAAACCUGCCUUAGCUGUCCGCAAUCUAAUGGAGCAGGCUAGAUUUGCUCAUUUAUGCACAGUGAUGUCGCGGAUGCAUCAUCGGCGAGAAGGCUACCCAUUUGGCACACUUGUAGAUUUUGCGCCAGAUUCUAUGGGGCAUCCAAUAUUUUCGUUCUCACCAUUAGCUAUACACACCCGUAAUUUGCUAGCUGACCCAAGAUGCACACUGGUUGUACAGAUCCCUGGAUGGAGUGGUUUAUCUAAUGCAAGGGUAACGAUAUUUGGUGAUGUCUAUCCACUACCUGAAGAUCAACAGGAAUGGGCACACAAGCAGUAUAUAGCAAAACAUCAGCAAGGUCCUUCUCAACAAUGGGGAAACUUUUUUUACUUUAGGAUGCAAAAUAUAAGCGAUAUAUAUUUCAUUGGAGGCUUUGGCACUGUUGCUUGGGUGGAUGUUCAGGAGUAUGAGACACUUCGGCCUGAUAAGAUUGCUGUUGAUGGUGGCGAACAAUAUCUUAAGGAGCUCAAUGCAUUAUUUUCAAAGCCUCUAAAAGAUCUUUUAUCGCAAGAAGCUGAGGUGGAUGAUGCUGCUUUGAUAUCCAUAGAUAGCAAGGGGACAGAUGUCCGUGUCCGCCAAGGUGCACAGUUUAACGUACAGAGAAUAUCAUUUGAAGAAGGCCAUUCAGUUGAAACACUAGAAGAAGCCAAGGCAGCACUCUGGAAACUGAUAAAUGGAGGUCGAGUUUACAAUUUGCAGAAAUGAAAAUUGCAGUAUGCAUCUAUUUAACUUAAGGAGUCGGAACAAUAGGUGGAAUAGCCAGUGUAAGGUUGUCGGUGAUGCUGUUACAAGAAUCAGUUCGUCACUUUUUUCUGCGGAAGUAUUAACUUUAUAGUCUUAUAGAGGUUAUGGUUGUGGGUGGGCUAAGUUCUACAGAAAACUGACUUCUACCAACUUAAAAUUUGCAGUGUAAGGUUGUUGGUGAUGGUGUUUCAAGAAUGUUCUCAUCACAUUUUCCUGACAAAGUGUGAACUUGUAGCAAUUAAAAAGGGUCCUCUUUUGCGUGGGUGUUUGUGGGCUGAGGUUUAAACUAAAGUCCAUUAGCUUGAAUUCGGUGGUUUUUCAAACAGCUACUAAUUUCCAUGUAGAGAAUAAAUUAUGGGAUUAGAAUCACUUUUCUUGCCUAAAUUAUCUGCACAGACGUAAGAUUUUACUGUUUGGUGCUGAAUGUUAAUUGAAAUGCAUUUUCUGCCACCAGAA